CAAGUUCCAUUGCCUGAAACAAAAUCAAAAUGUUCAAGAUUCUGCUUGUCUGUGCCCUUGCCGCCCUUGUGGCCGCCAACGAGAAUGCCGAGGUCAAGGAGCUGAUCAACGACGUCAAUCCCGAUGGCUUCAAGACGGUGUUGUCCCUCAGCGACGGCACAGCCUCCCAGGCUGUUGGUGAUGUGCACGGAAACAUCGAUGGAGUGUACGAGUGGGUGUCGCCCGAGGGUGUCCAUGUUCGCGUUGCCUACAAGGCCGAUGAGAACGGUUACCAGCCCACCAGCGAUCUGCUGCCCGUUGGCCCACCAAUCCCAGAGGCCAUCCUGAAGUCUCUGGCCUGGAUCCAGGCUCACCCCAGCAAGGAAUAAGCACAGCAUCGACCAGGACUUGACUUCGACUC